GGCUGUGUUAAAGGUUGUUGAAGUUUGGUUAGUAGCAGACGUUCUCAAAAGACAGGAAAAGAGCAGUUAGUUUUAAUUAAUUUGUUCUCUGUGAAAAUGUCCUUCAAGAAGGAUUUACAUUUGUUGCUUCAACCCUUUUAUUGGGUUAAUAUAUUACUAAGUCUGUCCUAUGUGACUGCAAAGAAGCUCCCCUUUCUCUGUACAUUAGUAUUCCCUGCAGCAGAAUGUGAACUGGAUUCUAGAGAAUCAGAAAUUCUAUUCUUUCUGAUGAUUGUUGUAAUGUUGAGAACAAGAAAAGCAGGAAGUGUGACAAUGAUUAACUAUUUGUCUUCAAGUUUCAUUUAUGCCAAAGUGGCAAAUGUAAUUUUAUGGUUUUAUGCUGAUGUUCGCAUGGGCAUUGGAUAUGGAAUUUUGUUUGUCUUGUUUUCAUUGUUGUUGCCUGAGCCGACAUACUCUGGACCUGAAAGUAUUACAUACUUCCGAACUGUAGCUGGUCUUGAUGAAGAGUUAGAACGUGACAAGAAAGUGACCUGGCUGGUUACUUUCUACACUGCAUGGAAUCCAGCUUGUGUUAAUUUUGCUCCUGUCUUUGCCCAGAUAUCACAUGAGUAUCACUUAGACAAUUUGCAGUUUGGAAAGAUUGAUAUAGGACGUUACCCAGAUGCAGCAAAAAAGUAUAGGAUUAAUGAUGGUGCGAGUUCACAACAGUUACCUACAGUCAUCCUCUUCAAAGAUGGGAAAGAAACCCUUCGUCGACCAGCUGUUGACACUAGCAAUAAACUGAUUCGCUUCUUUUUCACAGAGGAUAAUAUCAAGCUUGCAUUUGAUCUGAAUAAUUUGUAUCAGCAUUGCAAAUCCAACCCACUGAAAAAGAAAGAACGCAAAAAGGAAAUUGGACAUCAAAAGGCUGACUAAUUCGAAGUGAAGGUUUUUUUAAAAGUAGGCUCUUAUAUUUGCUAUCUUCUAGUGAUGCUUGUAAUUUUUUGAGAAAAAGUAAAGAAAAAGGGAGGAAUAAGGGAAGUUUCCAUGUGAUUUUUAAUUACAUUUUAAUCUGUAGUUUUUAAAUGUUACAUACAUAUGUGAUUAUUUAAUUCCCUUAUUCUUAUUUUUUUUUUAAAUAACUAAAAGAGCAAUUUCACUGCCCCUCAAUUAUAGUGAGUGUUUUAUAAGAAGUGUUCACAUUUCACCUCGGCAGGAUGAAAAUCACUGCAAUUAUAACAGGUUCUGGUUUAGCCCAGGACCUUUUGUAAAACUUCAUUGACUCACUAUUGUUAGGCGUUCAUGGCCUUUGCUCUUGUAAAUUCAGCACAAAAAUGGAUUACUACAAGGUAUCCAGCACCGGAAAUGUUUUUUAAUGAAGGUGUGCUUGGAGGAGAUGUAAGAUGAUAUCAGUAUUUUGUAGAUCUUGACAACAUUGUUUCUGUCUGUAUGCAUUAGUUUGGAAUCAGUUUAGCAGGAUUCAGUUUGAAUCUAAUAAAAGUAAAUUGUAACUGCCUUUUUUGUGAUUAUAAAAAGUGCAAAUUGUUUGAAAACUUCUUGACAACUUUAAUACAAGGCUCCUUCUUACAGCUUGGAAGCUUUUCUAAGGCUUUAUCAGCUUAAGGAUCUUAACAUCUUAACAUCUUAACAUGUUAACAUAUAAACAAGUGCAUUUUGCAUUAUAUUCGAUAGUAAGACUAUGGUUUUACAUUUGAAUGUCUUUAUAUUCGCUAAAAUGCCGACCAUAACGUUCGGGAUCGCUACAACGACCAAUAGAAUCAUGAUUCGUGGUUUCCUUGAAAGUUGUGUUAAGAUCCCGCGAAACCACGGAUCUCUGCUUUUCAUCGAAUUGAAGCGAUGGCAAAGGUUUCUAAAUGUUCCGGUCGACACUUUUUACCAAUUUAAACACAUUCAUCACUAAAAAUCAUUGCCAUAGUGCUAAAUAUAAUGAAAAUGCAUCUGUUAAUAUGUUAAGAUGUUAAGAUGUUAAGAUGUUAAGAUCCUUAAGCUGAUAAAGCCAAAGACAAAAUGAAGUAUUCUAAAUGUGUACAAGUGUGCAGUUCUGACCAUUGCAUAAUGAACUGUGUAUGUGAUGAUAUGCCUGCAUUUACCCAUGUUUAUUUCUUAGUCAAAGGAGAGUGUGAAACUAGUGUUGUUUUUCUCUUAGUCAUUGGCAUUUAUUUCUGGUCAUCCUUUUAUUGUAUCUUUGUACUUGGUUUAUCAGUUCUCUUGUCUGACAAACCAUUAUUAUCUUUUGACUUUAAAAGUCAUAAUUUUUCUUGUAGGAUUAUUUGUGAAAAUAAAGACAUUUGCUUA